AUGGUGCCUGCCAAAUUUCAGAUUCCUUCAGCGGGUGCUCCGAAACCGCUGAUCAUCCCAAAGCCGCUCCUCACCCCGAAACCAGCCCUCACCACACCCAAGCCAGUGGUUACACCGCCACCGGGCGGUGUGGUGCGCCCGAAGUUGCAAAUUCCAGGUGGUCCGAAGCCUCCAUCCGUCGCACCUCCACAGGGUUUGAUGCAGAGCAUGCCAAAGCAACCAGGGGUUAUUCCCCCAAAGGUUGCUGGAAGCGCAUUGCCAGCCAGACCUGUGGCUGUGGCUGCCCUGGCGGACGAUCAAUAUGAUUGGUCCGGAGGAUGGCAAAAUGGCGGUAAUGGAUGGGAUUCUGGCGGAUGGGACGACUGGAACACAGGUCAAGGCAAAGGAGGUGGAGGCAAGGGGAAGGAUGGCAAAGGCAGGCGGGGGAAGGGCAAGGGGAAAGGCGACGACUUGGAAGUCGUUGUCAAGGGAUUCCCUUCCACCACUGACGAAGCCAGCCUAAGGGCUUACUUCACAUGUUGUGGAGAGAUCACUCGUAUCAGCAUACCUCGUGCCAAAGACGGCUUGCCCAAAGGUGCGGCAUUUGUGGGCUUUCAGACUCAAGAGGGAGUGAACGCCGCUUGUUCUUUUGACAAGUCCCUCUUCAUGGGCGUUAGCUUAACUGUCCGGCCAGCAAGUGAGAAGCACGAGGGAGGAGGCAAGAGGAAGAGCAACGACGACUUGACCAUCGUCAUCAAGGGAUUUCCCGAUCAUGCAGAUGAAGCAUCCCUGACGGCAUUCUUUUCGUCUUGCGGCGACAUUGCCAGGGUCAACCUGCCUAGGAACAAGCAGGAUGGCACAUUAAAGGGCGCUGGAUUCAUAGAGUUCAAGACGCAGGAAGGUUUUAACACCGCUCUCACUUAUGACAACUUCUUGUACAUGGGUGCCCCGCUUCGGGUGAAACACGCUUCAGACAAGAGCAAGGGCGGCGGCAAAGGGAAGGACAAGGAAGAUGAACUCACCGUCGUUGUGAAAGGUUUCCCGUCAGAGACCAACGAAGAAAUGUUGAACAGCGCUUUCUCGCCGUGUGGCGAGAUCGUCCGCUUGAAUUUGCCUCGCGGAGCAGAUGGCAUGCCUAAAGGCACCGCCUUCAUUCAGUUCACAGCUGACGAGAUGGUCCAGAGGGCAACAGAGCUCAACGGCACGGAUUUUUUCGGGGCGGGCAAGAUUAGUGUGCACCGUGCGACAGACAAGGGCAAGAGGGGCGAGAAGAACGACGACCACACUGUGGUGGUUCGAGGUCUUCCUGACUGGCUGACGGAAGCGCAGCUGAAAGCCGACUUCGCAACCUGUGGACUAUUGAAGCGGGCUUCAAUGCCCUCUGGUAAGGACGGCAAAGGAAAGGGAUUUGCAUAUGUGCAGUACAAGAACGACGAGUCGAUGAAGAAGGCCAUGGAGUGGAACAACACCUGGUACAAGGGUUCCAACAUCACGGUGGAGAAGUUGGGCGAAGAAUCCAAAGGAAAGGGCCGAGGUCGACGGGGAAGAGAAAAGAAGGAAAAGCUUCCAGAAGGACCUACGGUUCAUGUUGGCAGCCUGUCCUACGAGGCCUCCCGGCUGAAGGAUGCUGAGGUUGACGAUGAGACUCUCGGCGAGAAACUAGCUGCCGAGACUGACAUGCAUCCGAAUGUCUUCGUGAGCGGCAAGGGCAAGUCCAAAGGCAAGUCUCGCGGCAGUGGUUUGGUCGUGUUCGCCACGGAGGAAGCCCAGAAGAAGGCAGUGGCAACGAUGAAUGAGGUUGAACUGGCAGGUCGCAACAUCACGGUGCGUGAGUACACUCAAGAGGAAGAGGUGAAGCUGGACUUCAGUGCCUUGGAGGGAGAAGGAGACAAGACCCUGCUGGAAGAAGAAGAGGAAGACGACUGGGAGAAUUUUGACUGGGAUGCUGAGAAUGACGAUGGCUCCGAUGAUGACGACGAGGAUGAAGACGACGACGAAUGGGAAGAACGGGAAGAAGAGGAUGAGGGUGAGGCGGAAGGCGGUGGCACGGCAGAGGAGGCUCCGCAGCAGUCGCAGGACAUGGACACCUCGCAGGCUGUCUCAGUGCCCGCUGACGUCGCUGCAGCUGCACCACAGGCACCGAUGGAGGUGGCACAAUCGGACGCGGCUCCGGCAGAUGGAGGUGAAAAGCCCAAUGAGCGGGAGAAGCGCCGCAGCCGUAGCCGCAAGCGCAGCAGGAGUCGGAAGAGGAGUCGUAGCCCCCGCCGCCCCCGACGGGCACGGCCAGCCGAACCACCGGCGGAAGAGGUGGAGCUGACCACAAAGGAGGAGAUCCUUAUCAUGGAUCCGGAUGGCCAGCAGAUUCCACCAGUUGGCUUCAACACCUUCGAUGAUUGCCCCUUCCCCGCGGAGGUGCUGGACGAGGUGAGGAGAAAUGGCUUCGUGAAGCCCAGCCCGAUCCAGAUGUAUUCCUGGCCUUUGGCGGUGCAGGGGAAGGACAUCAUCGGCAUCGCAACAACUGGCAGUGGAAAGACGGUGGCCUUUCUCUUCCCGGCCUUUAAGUUCAUCAUCGAGACAAAGGCGGAGGCGAAGGAUCCUACACUUCUUUGCUUGUCGCCGACUCGCGAACUAGCGGUCCAAGUCGAGAACGAGGCCCACAAGUUUGGACGUGAUGCUGGCAUCGUGACUGUUUGCGUUUAUGGAGGCGUUGGCAACAAGCGCGACCAAGGCAGAGACUUGGCGAAGGGUUGCCACGUCGUGGUCGGCACGCCGGGUCGGCUCAACGACUUCGUUGAGGGGAAGGAACUCUACUUGAGCAACGUCUCAAAGCUGGUCGUGGACGAAGCCGACAGGAUGCUCGACAUGGGUUUCGAACCUCAGAUUCGCAAGGCCGUCAAGGAGGUAAAGGAGAAAACAGAAAGGCAGACCCUCUUCUUCACAGCAACAUGGAACGCGAACGUUCAGAAGAUAGCUGCCGAAUUCGUGAACAACCCUUUCCAGGUGAAGAUCGGCAGCACGGAGCACUUGAAAGCUUCGGAUACGAUCAAACAGAUCGUGAAGAUUGUCGACCCUGACAAGAAGGUACGUCACCUCACGAAGCUCUUCCUGGAAUAUGACAUCUCUGAGAAGGGCCGUGGCGAGAAUCGUGCGAUGAUCUUCUGUAACACGAAGAAGACCUGCGAGCAGCUCGAGGACGGAUUGAAUCGAGCGCGGGUGCGCUGCGACUCCAUUCAUGGCGACAAGGAGCAGAAAGAGCGUGAGCGCGCUCUGAAUGAUCUCCGUGACGGCUACACAAAGAUUAUUUGUGCGACGGAUGUGGCGGCUCGAGGGUUGGACGUCAAGGGAGUGACCUUGGUGAUUAACUACGACCCACCGAAGAAUGCCGAAGACUAUGUGCAUAGGAUUGGCAGAACUGGGCGUGCCGGGCAUUCCGGUACCGCAGUCACUUUCCUGACUGAUCGCGAUGACUUCCAAGGGCGCCAGAUCCGCACUGUCAUGCUCCGCAAUAACCAGGAGGAGGCCGCAGCCAGGACCGGCGCCGGCGUAGUCGGUCUAAGCGACGCAGCCCACGCCGAAGCCGUGAUCGGCGUAGCCGGGAGCGACGAAGCCGGGACCGACGCAGUCGAGAACGCGGAGAUCGAGAUCGCGGAGAUCGCGGAGAUCGGGAGCAUCGAAGUCGAGAGCGGCGCAGCCGCAGCCGAGAUCGCCGAAGCCGAGAAAGGCCUCAGAAAAGAAGCGAGCCACGAGAUGCCAGGUCUCGAUCAAGAGAUGCUGGCAGUGGUGGCUUCGAUCAGCCAGCUCCGACCUCUCAAGCCUGGUUACUCUGCUCCUGCGCCUCAGUGGGGUGGUGCACCACAGCAGGCUGCACCACAAGUGGUUCCUCCACCCCAGCACUACGCAGCGGCAGCACAACCUCAGCAAGUGCCCCCCCGGCAGUACAGCUGGCUCCAGUAG